AUGGCGCCCGAUAGAGGCACGACGCAGUCUCCCGUCGACUACCAAUCAAUAUCCACCCGCACAUCUGAAGACGAUGAUCUUGCAUUGCGGCGGAGACGUAGCGAGCAACGAAGAUUUAUAGCUGCUCAUGCGGGAGAAGGGCAGAAUUUCACAGUACGGGGAAUACUCGUUGGACUAGGCGUCGGAUUGAUAAUAUGUUUUUCCAAUAUGUAUUUUGGUCUGCAGACAGGCUGGGUCUCUUCUAUGGCUAUGCCCGCUUCCCUUAUUGGAUUUGCAUUCUUCAAGACCUUAUCGAAACAUCUUGAUUUACCAUUUACUCCGGUGGAAAAUGUCUUGGUGCAGACGGUAGCUGGAUCAAUGGGAACGAUGCCUUUGGGGUGCGGAUUUGUUGGUGUAAUGCCAGCGUUGAAUUAUAUGUUGAAAUCAGAAGAGCAAGGGCCGAUAUUCUUGAGUACUUGGAAACUUAUACUUUGGUCAUUGGGGUUAUGCUUUUUCGGGGUGGUAUUCGCAGUUCCAUUGAGACGACAGGUUAUCAUUAGGGAGAAAUUGAAGUUUCCAUCUGGGACAGCGACUGCGUUGAUGAUUGGCGUUUUACAUGGAAAGGAGACUACUGAAAAGCGAACCACCCAUCUCGACUUCCGGGAACGUUGA